CGCUUGCUUACAUACACAUCAAGGGAUUGGCGAUAGGAACAGGCCAACCUCCCAAUGGUAUAAGAACGGCGAACAGGUAUGAAAUACGAAUCUAAAUGUAGCACGCUUAGAUUGUACAAUACGUACCUAGACAUGUAGAGCUACAGCCACAUUUCCGUAUUUUGAGUUUACGACUCAUGGACCAUCCUAGCUUGUGGCACCUGAAAAUAUCUAUUACGUCACGUUGAAGGGAAACAUAUGAGAGAAAGUGCUUUGAAUGGCAUUUACAAACAGUAAAACUUGAAUACUUAGAUGAUGUACCUCAAAGCUUCGGAUUAAAUCAUCUUCCUAGGCUGUUUGAUGUCAACAUUCCACCGAGAAACGUUUCGUCAUCAGAGCCAUAGCUUGACGUUAUAAGACUGGGCAGUUUGUCUCAACGUUAUUCCUUUUCAACUAUAAACCAUUACGAACUCAACUUGCUACACCUACAUCAAUUCGAACCAAAAAUACAGCCUACACAUAUCUAAACCAGAAAAAGAAAUACUAUUGCAAUCAAAUCGACAGCAUGUCUCUUCACUACCUUCCUCCCGUCAGGCCUUCGGCCAUUGCGCUAGGAACCGUAUUCAACCACGGAAUUGAACUCGCUGUUCUGACGCCAUUUUUUGGCCAGACCUACCAACGAGCCAAGCAAGCCAACACUAAGGAGGAAUUUCUCAGAUCGAAGGAGGCCUCUUCGGCUGCCGUCGCCUGGGGUACAUCUCUAGUCGGUUCUGCUUUGCAGUCGUACGGCGUCGGUGCUCUCAUCAAUGCAACCGGUACCCUUAGUUACCGAGGCGCUGCCUACCUAGGCGCUUUGAUCUUCGCGGCCACGUCUGCUCCUACUUACCUUGCGCAACUGUUCACGGAGAGACGCCCUGUUGACACUGUCGCUGUCGGAGCCACUUCAAAGAUCCUCGAGACAGUCGGCUUGUCUCUGUUCCUGACCUGGUGGGGUACUCGAACCAACCCUUUCGACUAGAAAGCUGGGAAUUUUGAAGGGCCUGUGUUUGUUAGUUUUCCUACAGGCUGAACUGCCAGGAUGGCAAUGGGAAGCUGGAUGGUAUGGUUAGCCGUAUCCAGCUGCGCAUGUAUGUAGUAAACGAAUGCUCAUGAUUAUUGUUUCCAAUAUUU